AGCUCCACUAGUCUCUCUCCGGUCUCUUGACGGGACUCUAGUUAAUGACCGCCGGUUAACGUUAACCAGAUAAUCCCGGCCAACUGAGAGUUUUGGAGAACCGGGACGAGUGAACUCGGCGGCGGAGGAGGUCUGCUUUCCGCUCGCGUUGGCUUGUUUUCCUCAAAGUUCUCCGCGAAUGUAGAGAACAGAAGUAAACACAGUAUUAGUGAACUGUUAGCUAGCGCGACAGACGGAGCUCCGUCAAGACACCCUUCUCAAGGAUUGAGACGGAGACUGUAAGCCGCAGUGAUGGAGCUGGACGACGGCGUGCUGUACCAGGAGGACCCGGGCUCCUCCGCGAUGAUGUCGGAGCGGGUGUCCGGCCUGGCGAGCUCCAUCUACCGCGAAUUCGAGCGAAUGAUCGGCCGGUAUGACGAGGACGUGGUGAAGGAGCUGAUGCCACUAGUUGUGGCGGUGCUAGAGAACCUGGACUCGGUGUUCGCAGAAAACCAGGAGCACGAGGUGGAGCUGGAGCUGCUGAAGGAGGACAAUGAGCAGCUGGUGACCCAGUAUGAGCGCGAGAAGGCUCUGAGGAAGAACGCGGAAGAGAGAUAUAUCGAGUAUGAAGACUCUCAGGAGCAGGAUAAGAAAACUCUGCAGACUCGCGUUCAGCUUCUGGAGGCUCAAACCCGACAGAUGGAGUUCAAGACCAAGAACUGCACAGAUCAGAUUGGCCGAUUAGAGGAGCGUGAAGCCGAGCUGAAGAAAGAGUAUAAUGCGCUCCAUCAGAGACACACUGAGAUGAUCCACAGCUACAUGGAGCACUUGGAGAGAGCAAAAUACCAGCAGCAGAUGUCAGAGACCACAGAAACCAGUCAUCAGAGCAGAAUAAGGAAGGAACGACCCGUCUCUCUGGGUAUUUUCUCAUUGCCGGGCAGUGAUGUGAUGAGUCCCGAUGUGCACAGAGACGAGUCUCCAGGAUCAGACACAUGGAGAUAUAACAAUCUCAGCCACCCUCGCUCCAACACCAGCCUCAAGCUGGAGGCGGAGGGUAAGAGCCGUCUGGAGAAUCUGGAGUCCCAAUGGAGCGUCUCCAGUCAGGAUGAGCUGUCUGGUGUGGGUGGAGGCGAGUGUAAAUCCAGCACUGAACCCGCUUCACAUGCAGUGCCGGAGGAGACCGAGGGGUUAAACCCAAAUCUGGACUCCAGCAGCAAUAAACCAGACAACAGCAAAAACAUCGGCGUUCAGGGAGACGCGGCUUCAGAAACACAGGCCACAGGAGCUGAUCAGGGCAUGAAUGGCGAGCGGUCAGAGGUGCAGGCCAUCAUUGAGUCCACACCUGAGCUGGACAUGGAGCUGAGCGGAUGCAAAGGCUCCAGCACUCCCACUAAAGGCAUCGAGAACAUGGCGUUUGACCGUAACACAGACUCUCUGUUCGAGGAGCUCUCAUCCGCAGGAAAUGACCUCAUCGGGGAUGUUGACGAAGGAGCCGACCUGCUGGGAAUGGGCCGUGAAGUCGAACACCUGAUCCAUGAAAACACACAGCUGCUGGAGACAAAGAACGCUCUGAAUGUGGUGAAAAACGAUCUGAUCGCUCGAGUGGAUGAGCUGGUGUGUGAGAAAGACGUCCUUCAGGGAGAGAUGGAGGUCCUGAAACAGACGAAAGACAAACUGGAGGAGAGGAACAAAGAGCUGGAGGACGAGCUCAAGAAAGUGCGAGCUGAGAUGGAGGAAACCAAAGUGGAGACGAAAGGGGACGAGGAUAGCGACGUGCCGACAGCUCAGCGCAAACGCUUCACUCGUGUGGAGAUGGCCAGAGUCCUGAUGGAGAGGAACCAGUAUAAAGAGAGGCUGAUGGAGCUGCAGGAGGCUGUCAGGUGGACAGAGAUGAUACGGGCGUCCAAAGAGAAUCCAGCUCUGAGCGAGAAGAAGAAGUCCAGUAUCUGGCAGUUUUUCAGCAGGCUCUUCAGCUCCUCGUCUGGUGGCGCAGCCAAGAAACCCGAAGCGCCGGUCAACAUGAAGUACAACGCUCCCUCGUCACACGUGGUGCCGUCGGUGAAGAAACGCAGCAGCACGCUCGCUCAGCUGCCCAGCGACAAAUCCAAAGCCUUCGACUUCCUCAAUGAGGAAGCUGAGGUGGAGACUGUAGUGUCCCGUCGAGAGCAGAAAAGAGCUCAGUACAGACAGGUGAAAGCUCACGUGCAGAAAGAGGACGGCAGAAUGCAGGCGUACGGAUGGAGUUUACCUCCAAAAUACAAGGUGGCCACUGGUGGACAAGCAGAUAGUAAGAUCAAAAACCUGCCGGUGCCUGUUUACCUGCGGCCUUUAGACGAGAAAGAUGCUUCCAUGAAGCUGUGGUGCGCUGCAGGAGUCAAUCUCUCCGGGGGUAAAACGCGUGAUGGAGGCAGUAUUGUGGGCGCGAGUGUGUUUUAUAAAGACGUGUCUGGAGGAGAGAGAGUUCCCAUCAGCACUGGCAGGAAGAGCGGGUCUCAGAGCAGCCUGGACCGUCUGGAAGAAGAGCUCAAGGAUCAGGAGAAGGAGCUCCGGCAUCAGGACGAGCUCUCCAGCCUGGUGUGGAUCUGCACCACCACACACUCCUCCUCUAAGGUGCUGGUGAUCGAUGCAAACCAGCCCGGAAACGUCCUGGAGAACUUCUUCAUGUGCAACUCACACGUGCUGUGCAUCGCCAGUGUUCCAGGCGCUUGUGAGACAGAUUACCCGGCCGGAGAGGAUACGGGGUCAGAGGUGGAGGGCGGCGCCGAGGGUCCGUCUACAGUGCGCUGCUCGGCCGGCAGCUUCUCUGCGGGCUCUGAUGGAGGUCUGGAGGGCAUCAGUGUGGUGGGCUGCUCUGCUGACAUCCCUCACACCGUCUGCACAAACUCCACACACACCCCUGACUCCGAUGAGGUUGUGUCUGCGCGGCAGCAGGACUCUAUCAUCACUGCAGCAGAAGAAGCUCUGGAGGCCACAGAGAGCAGCAGCAACACUCCAGCAGACGACACUCAGCCACAGAUCUACACUGAACACGUGUUCACCGACCCGCUGGGGGUGCAGAGCAGCAGAGACGCUCCGGCCAGCUACACGCAGAGGGAGUGUGAUCUGGUGAAGGACGGUGUGAGUUCUCUGUCUCAGGAUCAGGAUCUGAUGAGAGAAGAGGCCUGUAAGAUGAGCAGUGUUCUGCCUACCAUGUGGCUCGGCGCUCAGAACGGCUGUGUGUAUGUUCAUUCAUCGGUAGCGCAGUGGAGGAAGUGUCUUCACUCCAUCAAGCUGAAGGAUUCUGUGCUGGGGAUUGUACACGUGAAGGGUCGUGUUCUGGUGGCUCUGGCCGACGGGACGCUCGCCAUCUUCCACAGAGGCGUUGACGGUCAGUGGGAUUUGAGUAACUAUCACCUGCUGGAUCUGGGUCGUCCUCAUCACUCCAUCCGCUGCAUGACUGUGGUGCACGAUAAAGUCUGGUGCGGAUACAGAAACAAGAUCUUUGUGGUGCAUCCCAAAGCCAUGAAGAUCGAGAAGUCUUUUGACGCUCAUCCGCGUAAGGAGAGUCAGGUCCGACAGCUGGCUUGGGACGGAGAUGGGAUCUGGGUGUCCAUCCGUCUGGACUCGACCCUCAGACUCUUCCAUGCACACACACACCAGCAUCUGCAGGAUGUGGACAUCGAGCCGUAUGUCAGCAAGAUGCUGGGCACUGGUAAACUCGGUUUUUCCUUUGUGAGGAUCACAGCUCUGAUGGUCUCCUGCAAUCGGCUGUGGAUCGGGACUGGAAACGGAGUUAUCAUCUCCAUCCCUCUGACAGACAAGAGUAAAGAUACAGCAGCAUCGUCCAAACAACCCGGCAGUGCAAUCCGUGUGUACGGAGACGAGAGCGGCGAUAAAGUCACGACAGGAACGUUUGUGCCUUUCUGCUCCAUGGCUCACGCUCAGCUGUGCUUUCACGGACACAGAGACGCCGUCAAGUUCUUCACCGCAGUGCCAGGUCAGGUGAUUCCGUCUGCAUCAGCAUCAGGAGUCGAGGCCAUUGCUGAUAAAUCCUCAGAGUCUCCAACACCAGAACUGGUCAAAUCUGUGCUGGUGAUGAGCGGAGGAGAGGGAUACAUCGACUUCAGGAUGGGCGAUGAAGGAGGCGACACAGAAAACAUGGAUGAUCCCAGUCUGAACCUGCAGCCGUUUCUGGCCAAAGCCGAGCGCUCACACCUGAUCGUCUGGCAGGUUCUGGCCAAUCACGACUGACUGCAUUUAUUCUGAAGCAUAGUUUCCCAUCAUGCAAUUCACCGUUAUCGACAAAAGAAUGACGUUUAUUUGUGCUUUCGCUAUCCUCUUUGGCAAUACAUGAUGGAGAAGGAUGCGUCUGUUUUUAGAGUGAAAGCACAAUAAUGCACUACAUCUGCUCUAGAAGAGCUUUUCUGUUUGUUUGUGGGAAUAAAAAGAGAUGUUGUGCUUAUUUUCAAUCCAGAUACUGUGUGCACAGAUGCAAUAUUUUCAUAUGAAUGUUGCACGCUUACCAAAGUAUAGAGAGAAACUGAUUUAAUACUUUAUCCCUCCUCGAUCGUGUCCCCGUUUGGCUGGUUCGCCGUCUUUUUUAACACUAGAGUGUGUUGUUUAGUUUUUUCUACAGAGAGCUGCUCCUUUGCUGUAGUGUGUAGAUACAGUGCAGAGACAAGCGCAUAUUUUUAUGACUCUUUUGUACUGGUCUUUUAGACUCUAAUCUGUAAUGGCUGCUCUGCUUGCGUUUCCGGCUGCAGAAAACUAAAUCCUGUCGCAAAACUGGCCAUCGCAGCAUUUAUUUCUAUGAACCAGCCUGAAUGUAACUUUGUACAUUGGAUAUAAAUAUAUAAAAAUACAAAGAUGUAUAUGAAACAGAA